AUGCUGCAAAGAAUCAGAUCCUGUACUGCAGUUCUUUUAGCCAUAGCUUCGGUUAUACUUCUUGCUUUAUUCUCCCCUCUACCCCACAGAGAAAACACCAUGAGUCACUGGCUAGCCUUGUCGUUGUACAUUCAACAUCCCAAGGUUGGUAGUGCCGUCCCCAUACCUUUGGCACCUUUGGCCGCCACCGGUGCCUUGAUCUUUCAUCACACGCAAAAAUGUUCCGGCAGUAUCAGUGUUAAGGCCAAAAAUGUUGGCCAUAAGAAUAAAGAACUUAAAGUUGUUGGUGGCACGGGGUCAUUUGCCUUUGCCCGUGGCCAUGCUGCUUUUGCACAAACAAAUGGUGAAAAUUCUAAUUUUGAUGCAACUUAUCAUAUAAAAUUGCACUUGAAAUUCCCUAAUAGAUCACAGAUAAUACUGGGAUAA